CUCUGUUGCCCUCCUCUCUCUCUCUCUCUCUUUGGGAGCAUCAGGUUCAGCCCCCUGCCUGCAUCAGUAGGGGUAGAGCCACACCCCUUUCCUGCCUCAAGCAGAGGUUUUUAGGGGAAGUCCACUCACAAAACGCUUCAUUUCACACACACCGCAUCGAGAGGCCACCACUGCGCUCACAAACACUCUCUCUCACUCACUCACAGACACACAGAGACAGACACGCCUGCGUGGUCGUGUUUUCCUACACACACACACACUCGGCGUGGGACAAGAAGAAGCCCUCUGCCCGCUGAACUCCCAGUAGGAUAUUCUUAACCAGUGACCCAGCUCUGCAGCGUCCGACCCAAGCGGACCUGACCCAGCUCUUCAGCGUUCGACCCAAGUGGACCCGACCAAAGCUGAACUGACCCAAACGGACCUGACCCAGUUCUGCAGCGUCCGACCCAAACGGACCCGACCCAAGCUGAACUGACCCAAACGGACCCGACCCAAGCGGACUCGACCCCCAGCCAGCCUUCCUGCCCCAGCGGACCCGCCCCAAGCCCCUUCCUGCCCCAGCGCCAGGUCCGUAGGAUGGCCAGCUCCAAAUCGUCCCAGACGACCCGUAACGUGCUGAUCGCCGUGCUGGCGCUCUGGUCCAUCAUCUCGCUCAUCAUCAUCGUGGUGUGGGCCACCUCGCCGGACAUGAAGGGGGCCAGCCAGUGCCGCCAGGAGCUGCAGACCCUCAACGAGAAGCUGGAGGGGGCCAAGGUGGUGUGGACCAAGGACCGCCGCGCCCUGGAGGCGCUGGUCAGACAGGGCUGGGAGAACCAGACGCUUCUGCAGGGGCAGAUCGACGCCCACAAGGCGGCGCUCCGUCAGAUCAACGUCUCCCUGGACGACUGCCGACAGCAGAAUGUCCUGUUAAGCAGGAACAUUACGGCGCUGGAAACUCAGAUUGAGAUGCAUGAGGCCAUUGAGGCGAACCUCACCGCGCUGCUCUCCCUGCAGAAAGAUGAGAUCGAAGGGCUGCAGAGCAAUCUGACCGAGAAGCUGCAUGAGUUAGACUCCUGUGAGGCGCGGAGAGACGCUGCCGUGAGCCUGCAGACCGCCGCUGAGAAGACAGCAGCGGCUUGCAGGGCCAGCAAGAUGUACCUGCAGUCGCAGCUUGUGAAGUGCCAGGCGGAGAUCCAGAAAGAGGAGUCCAGCCAGCAGCAGCAGCCGCCCGGCUCAGGUGCAUCCUCCCUGGGCUCCCACAGGUGGCAUCUGGCCUGGGUCCUGCUGACCACAAUCCUACUGGCCCUCACGUCAUGAGUGUGAUGCUGCUCUGUGGUGAUUUGGGUGCGUAACUGAGUGCAACACUGUUCUCCAGGAAGUGAAAGACGUCCCAGACGUGUGCAGAAUAAACACACCACCUGCGAGAGACGCACUGCUGUACAUUAUAAACUUAGGGAGCCGUGUUGGAGGACACACACACACACAAACACACACAAACACACACACUGCUCAGAUGCCUUCACCAUUCAGUGGAACGGGAAUGUUCCACAGCUCGUACAUUUGUCUUGUUGUUUUGAAGUUAACAAAAGCAUUUUACUGUAAGUAACGAUAAGGAAAAUAAGCAUUAAAUGCAUUAAAAGGUGAUAAUGUUGGUGAAUGCAAUUAUGCAGAAUUGUGUCUGGAUCUUAAGAUUUCCCAGUAUUUAUUUGUGUGGUUGACCCCAAUGCAGUAUAUUACCGGAACGUUUGGGCCUCUUGGCAGAAUUGUGCACAUCUCCCUGCAAUUAACGAAUGAAAAAGAAUCAAAAAUAUACAAUCACUUAGCUUAUGUUAUAACUGGGUGUAUAUUAAAAAGAAUGAUUUUGUUUGUACAGCUUCUGCUGACAAAUUGUUUUUAAUAAAGAUUUCUAAGAGUUGUAAA